AUGCCCUGCCAGCUUCUUCAGCAUGCCGUGACCAUCUUGAGACAAAGCCAGCAGGGAUUCAGAGUGAGAAACCAUGUAGACAUACCUAGAGUGAGGCAAGUGAUAAGUAAUUUUAGUCACUCUGCUUUCACAGUAGCCACAUGUUCCUUUGUGGAUCCUGAUCGUUGCAUAAAAUAUAAUGGCCGCUGUAAGAGAAACUGUGCUACAGAUGAAAAGCAAGUCGAUGUAUGUUUCUCGCCAAGUAAGAUCUGCUGCACUGAAAGGCUUUAUGAAGAAGAUGGUCUAUUUUGAAAAGGAAGAUAGACCUCUGAACAAAGAAGUUUUGUGUCCACCAGCACAGGGAAGUAUAUAAAUAUAAUUAGAGCACCUCCGUAAUAAAGAAUUAAAGACAUAAGCCAGUAUUGCUAUCUUCCUUGGUAGGUAUUAAUUAUAUAUACACUGGUUUAUAAGGUAGGAGCCCUCUUAUUUUCUCUAAACUACAGGCAUAUCUGAUGCUGAUUUCUUUUCCCAGGGGUCCCUUGUUUGCUUCAAUCUAGGUCCAAUUUUAGUCUGUUUGGGGGUCACCUAAACUUACUCAAUUGAACACUUUCCAAUAUAAACUUGAACUCAUUAGAACUCAUUAGAAAUUUGUUUUAGGAAAAUCAAUAUUCAUGGGCUUAUCAAUGAUCUAAAUA